ACUGGGAAAAUAUAAAUCACUUUUAUCUACAUCUUUCAAGUUGCUGGCUAAUUAACUGUAAGGUGAGAUAUAAAAUGAUGCAAUGUUGACCCGGUAUGAACUGAUAGGUCCAACACUUGGAAUAAUCUAUUCAUGUGUAACAAGUUUAUUCAGGAGACCACUAAAUGAUUCAAGGAAUUAUUACUGAUAAUUUAUCAAGAAUAAAAUAACAAUAUCUAUUUCAAAAUCAUAUCGAAGUAACACUUUCUGUGUCAAAGGCUAAUAACAAUUGAUAUGAGACAUGUAUAAAUGUUAUAAUGGAGUACUUAUAAGAAUACUACACUUUAAUUUAAAACUGCCUUUAAUGAGUGUUUUUAAAGCAGUUACAAUAACAAAAUCAAUUAAAAAAAACUGACCAGCAGGAUUAUUGUUCUCUAGAACUGAAUUGGAUAACAAAAGCGAGGAAUGUCAGUUUUGAUUUUGAGAAACAUAACAUUUGAAGAAGAUUUAUGGAAAGAUAAACACAAAGUACCUUUGUAAAUAUUUACAAAAAGGAAAAAAUUAUUCCAAAUUUCAAAAUAUUGUUUUGUUAAUAAAAGAAAUUCAACUUCCAAGCUCUUCACUGGCAUGUGUAUCACUGAAAAGAAUAAAAUGGAAACAAAGUGAUCCCCCUGAAGCAUUAAUCACAACAAAAUUACGCGAAAAUUGCAGACUCAGUUUGAUUGAGUCUGUUCAUGAGGGAUAAUGAAUAAGUGCAACAUCCCUCACGCCCCCUUGCACCGUCUUGAGCGGUACUCAAUUAUCCACACUUAAUACUGCUGGCAUCAAUGAUCACGAAGGGCCAGAAAAGUAUACCAACACUGACGUACAUUUUAAAACCAUCUUGCUCUUUUAUAGUUUUACUUUUCACCUCGAUUCUAAUUGCAAAGUUGUCUUAAUAUCAGGUUCUUUUUUUUUAGAACACAUCCGUCAAACAGUGGCUUAGUAAGGUUUUAUGAAUGUCCAUCCACAUUAAUACACCGAUGGUCACUCAUUUGCCUCUGUUGAACACGGUCAGGAUGUUUGUCCCAAAUAUUUCUCGGACGAGUCCUUAUAUGGACCAUUUCAUUUCGUGAGAAAAAGUAGUUUACAGUGCGCUAUAAAUCUUAACUCUCUAGAAUUUACAUUUUCACCGCAAAUUUUAUGAAGAUUGGCCAGGAAAAUUGUUUUGAUUGGUUUUCUAGGUCUUAUUCCAUUAUUGGUCAUCUGAUUUAUGAAUGAAUAUUAUUUGUUAGAUUAAUUAAGUAACAAGAUUCUUGCAAGACAGACACAUUUUGAUACAGUUGUGAAACUUGAUUCUUGCAAUAUUCUGUAUGAAAUAUAUAUUAUUUCUCCUACAGGAAAAAUGUGAGAAGAAAACGAAUUAAGGAGCUAGUUAAAAAUAUAGCAGGGCAAAAAAAGAAGAAGAAACAGCUUAUGAUGGAAAAUCCAAAAAAGAAACAGCGAGGUACUGGUAGACAUGCCAUAUAUAAGUUGCACCUUGGAUGGCUUCAUGAAACUCGUGGGAAGUUAAGACAAGUUACCGCACGGAGAGGAGGCGGUACAAGAAUAUACGAAUUUAAAAAAGAAGAAGAGCAAACUGUUCAGACAGUUAUAAAUUAUGCAACUAGCAUUUUCUUUCCAGAUGGAAAAAAUGAUAUGGGAAAGUUAACAGAUAUGGUAGUGAACCUGUCUACAUGUAACGGAGAAGUAAUCUCAAAAUUUGUCAUGCCAAAUGGGGAAGAAUGUAAUUUGCAAACAUACUUGAAGUCUAUCGGCGUGUUUUCCUCUCAGUACUUUUUAUAUUUGAGAACAUCUAAAAAACAGGAGAUUGACGGUAGAGAGCCAGUUAGACAGCAUGUAGAUGAUAAAAGCAUUCCGGUUCCUCUAACAUCAUUGAUAGUAAAUGACCAAACACCUGGUGAAAUAUGUGUAAAGUACACUAAACUUUGCAACUCAUCAUACACAGCAGAAUGUUCACAAAAAAUCUGCCAAACCAUUGAUGACUGCUUUCUUGACACAAUUGUAAGUGAUCCUGACAGAGAAAGAGAUGGGUAUAAUCCACUGGAAAAUAGUUUCAAAGUGACAGGCAUAACAGUCAACAAGAUCUCUAUUUUGAGCCAAGCAGAUCCGAGUUCUAACCACUUUGAAUAUCCAACAGCUACAUCAAACGCAAAAGGAAUAAUUCAUACACCUGACCAGAUUGUGGGUUUUGAGAAGCAAGAAAACAAGGAAAUCAUACUUGGAGUACUUUAUAAAGAACAUAAUUCUGGUGCAUAUUUUCAGUGGUAUAAAAACAACGAACUCUUUGCAAGUGGACCUGACCUUUGCUUAAUCCCCGUAACUGAUCCUGGUGAAUACUUGGUGAAGGUAUCAGAUGAAGAUACACUUUAUGAAUGUGCAGCUGUAAGGGUGGACUCUCAAGCUUUGCUGGCAGAAAAAAUAAAACUUUCAACAAACACUUGUCAUGCAACUCAGGAGAUUUUAACUGACCGAGUAAGACUUCAGUCCCUGGAUGACAGUACAGUUGAUACUGCUUAUGUAACUGAACCAUCAAUGGAGGACAGUACAGUUGAUACUGUUACUGUUACUGAACCAUCAAUAGAGGAGAGUACAGUUGCUACUGUUACUGAACCAUCAAUGGAGGACAAAACAGUUGACACUGUUACUGAACCAUCAAUGGAGGACAGUACAGUUGACAGUGUUACUGAACCAUCAAUGGAGGACAGUACAGUUGACAGUGUUACUGAACCAUCAAUGGAGGACAAAACAGUUGAUAUUGUUACUGUUACUGAACGAUCAACUCCUAGUUAUGAUUCCAUUACAGACAAUGAAGUAAUAAAAAGUCAUGUCAUGAAUGAGAAUGUGAGUGAACAGACAAACUGUGACUAUUUCAAAGAACGUUCAAGUACAGCCAAGUAUAAUCCUAUACACGCGCUUAAUUUCUCAACAGAUGUAAAUGUGCCAGAAAUUCCUUAUGAUAGUUUUUUUAUGGGACCUAAAAUUGGGGAAGGCUCUUUUGGAACAGUACAUUUGGCACAUUAUCUUUUUACUCCAGUUGCAAUAAAAACUGUAAAAAUAAGGCGAAUUAAACUAGUCCAGAAAGCUCUUGAACGAGAAGUAAAAGUUCUCAGCAGAGUAAGGCAUCCACACAUUAUACUGUGUAUGGGGUAUUCGGUAUAUAAUAAUGCAUUACACAUUGUGUCUGAGUACAUAAAAGGAUCAAAUUUAGAUGACCUACUGUUUGGUGAUCGAUGCCAAAUAAUCCCCCUUCUAAAAAAGUGCCACAUUGCUGAAAAGAUAUCACAGGCUGUUGCUUACUUGCACAACAGUUCUCCUAUUAUAUUACAUCGAGACUUAAAGCCAGAGAACAUCAUUGUAUCAGAAUCUUUAGAAGUAGUGAAAUUAUGUGACUUGGGGAUUUCAAAAUUGUUAACAAUAAAUAGUUCUGCUACCACCUAUGCACCAGGUAUGCAACCAGGUACCCUUAUCUUUCAAGCACCAGAAAUUUUGCUUGGUAAUAGACCUGCAUCAACAAAAUCUGAUGUUUGGGGAAUGGCAGGCACUCUUGCAGAAUUAUUCAGUGAAUGUCCAAUGUGGGGAUUACAAGAGGAAGAUGAAGAAGAAAAUGAAAGAUCAGUUGUUGAAACAAUUAAAGAAUUUAUGAGUCAAAAAGAAGUCCCACAUGCCAUUACAAAACUUGUACAAAUGGACUGUAUUUGUAGCAGAAUAGUAGACAUUGUAACCAAGGGGCUGAACUAUGAUCCCGAUAGCAGACCAGUAGCGACUGAAUUCCCAACAGAGUUUAGUAAAUAAACUAAGAUAUGAACGGGUGUAGCAAAUAAGUAAAAGUGAUAUAAUGGAACUGAAAUAUUAUUGUUUGAUAUAUAUUGAGAGUGACGUCAAAAGUGGUUAAUAUUACAUUAAAUAAAACUUUUUAUACCCCCGAAACGAAGUUAGGGGGGUAUAUAGGAGUCAACCGGUGGUCGGUCAGUCGGUUGGUUGGUUGGUUGGUUGGUCGGUCGGUCGGUCAAGCGGUCCGUUGCAUUUUCCUUGUCCGGAGCAUAACCUUAAGACUCAUGGUUGGAAUUCCUUAUAACCUCAUACAAUGGUCAAGCGAAUUGAGAGGAAGUACAGUACUCAAGAACCAUAACUCCAUCUUGACUAAUUACAGAGUUAUUGCCCUUUGUUUCUUUUCCUUGUCUGGAGCAUAACUUGAAAACUACUGGUUGUAAUUCAAUACAAUUUCAUACAAUCGUCAAGCACAAUAAGAGGAAGUGCAGUACACAAGAAUCAUAACUCCAUUUUGACAAAUUACAGAGCUUUUGCCCUUUGAUAUCUUUCCUUGUCCGAAGCAUAACUUUAAAAGCACGGGUUCGAAUUCAAAAAAACUUCAUACAAUGCCCUUUGUUAAUUUUUGUCCAGUGCAUAACUUGAAAACUAUGGUUUGGAAUUCAAUACAACUCUAUACAAUGGUCAAGCACAAUGAAAGGAAGUGCAGUAUACAAUAACCAUAACUCCAUCUUCAGUAUUUGUAGAGUUAUUGCCCUUUAUUCCUUUUCCUUGUCCGAUGCAUAACUUAAAAUUAAUGUUUAGAAUUUAAUGCAACUUCAUACAAUGGUCAAGCGCAAUGAGAUGAAGUGCAGUGCUGAAGAAGCGUAACUCUUUCUGAACUUAUUACAGGGUAAUUCAAUAACACUUCAUCAAUGUUAAACCACAUUGACUGGAACUGAAACAUACAAGAACCACAACUAUCUUUAAUUGCCCACAACCAUAACUCAAUUUCAAUUCUUUUAAAAGGUAUUCUAUUACUAAUAACUCCAUCAUUUCCGAAGCAGUCUUGCGGGGGUAUUAAUCACAUUUAGUGAUAGUUCUUGUUUUGUAUUAGGCUGUUUUCAAAACUAUAAUUAUUUCUGUUUCUUUGAUAUAAGUAUUUUCAAUUUGUUUAAAUCUAAGUAAAACUUAUGACUGAUUUCAAAAUAUUUAAGUUUGUAUGCCGAAAAGAAAGUUGGUUUUAAGUUAACACUUGUUUAUUUUUUUACUUAAAGACUUAAAUAAUUGUCAAUAUAUUUCGUUAAAACCAUUUAAUUUUGUUUAUCAGAUUAUAUUUCAUAUAAGCGAGCUCUUUUCCUUAAAACAAUAUUUUUUGAAAGUGUCAGUCUUUAAACCUAAGCAAGGAAAUAAAACAAAUGGACAUAGUUUAAGAUAAAAUGAUUCGUGUUAGUAACAAAUAUUCAUGUUUUGAUAUCCACCAGUGAAGUUUCAAGGGUUGUUUGAAUAAGUUCUAUGGAAAAACCUAUAAAAGGGAAACAGAAUAGAUAUCAGUUUAUGUUAUUUUAAUGUACAUAACUACUUCUUAUGUUGUGUAUGAAUUUUAAAUCAUAUAAUAGACAAUUAUAUACAUUUAUAUAAUAUAACAAUAUAACAAUAUUAUAAGACAUAUAUCCUGUAAAAUCUGCAUGUUUGGAAGUUACAUUGUGGGCAUCUCAGAACAACAUUUUGGGAACAAGCAUGUAACUAGUUUAGCCCCCUUGUAUCAGAUAGCUAUCAGAUCAAAUAGCCUCGUGUUUCAUUCUUCUUUGUAUUACUUUAAUGUCCUUGAAUUGACCUCAAAUAAGUAAAAGAUUCUGGUUCAAAGGCACAUAAGUGUGAUCGCAGAAUUUACCAAUCCACUACGCAAAAGCAAUUCAAAGUUAACAUCUGAUACUAUCUGAUAGCAUUUGGUUUUGUUUCUUUUUCAAAAUUGAAUUUAUUGCAUGACUUAAUUAUUGUAAGAUAUAAUAAAUUGCUCUACUUUA